AUGCUCACACCACGAAGAGCCGUCGCGGUCGCCGCGUUCCUCUUAAUCGUUUUCUACCUAAUUUCCUCCUCCCACGACACAACACCUGCUGUCAAGGCACCAGUCGCUGCCUCGAACCAUGAUACGACCGACUCGAAAACGUCCUCAUACACCCCUGCCUCCGCCGACGGCGAGAUUAAGCCCUCUGCUCCCAAGGUUGCGACGCAGAAGCCCAUGAUGGACAUGUCCAAGAUGUCCUUGUACGACAAGCUGGCAUACCAAUACCCCUAUGACCCCGAAACGCGUUUCCCGGCCUACAUUUGGCAGACAUGGAAGUGGACACCUGCUGAGCAACAAUUCAACUUCCGCGAGCAGGAAGCCAGUUGGUCAGAACAGCACCCUGGCUUCGUGCACGAGGUCAUUACCGACAAGGUCGCAGUCAACCUGCUGCGCCUCCUAUACGCGUCCGUCCCCGAGGUUCUCAAGGCGUACGACGCUCUUCCUCUGCCCGUCCUGAAGGCCGACUUCUUCCGAUACCUGAUCCUGCUUGCGCGCGGCGGUAUCUACUCCGACAUUGAUACCUACGCUAUCAAAUCUGCCCUUGAGUGGAUUCCCGAACGCAUUCCCCGGGAGAGCGUCGGUCUCGUUAUUGGCAUUGAGGCUGAUCCUGACCGCCCUGAUUGGAAGGACUGGUACAGUCGUCGUAUUCAGUUCUGCCAAUGGACCAUUCAAUCCAAGCCCGGGCACCCUGUCCUGCGCGAGAUUGUUGUUCGCAUCACUCAGGAAGCUUUGAAGCGCAAGAAGGCAGGCGAGCUGGACAACAUUGCCGACAAGAACGUUGUCGAGUUCACUGGACCUGCGAUUUGGACCGACGCCAUCUUCGACUACUUCAACGACCCCCGAUACUUUAACAUGAAGAACUCUAAGGGAGCUAUUGACUGGCAGAACUUCACGGGUAUGGAGACGUCCAAGAAGGUGGGCGAUGUGGUGGUUCUCCCCAUCACGAGUUUCAGCCCUGGCGUGCAACAGAUGGGUGCCAAGGAUUACGACGAUCCUAUGGCCUUUGUGAAGCACGACUUUGAGGGUACUUGGAAACCCGAAGAGCUUCGCCACAUUGGCGAGCAAAACGAGGAUGAGCCGAGGUUGAGCGCGGGUAAGCUUCAACAACGACAACGACGACAUCUACGGAAGAUGAUGCUCUCGACGGCUGGAUACGUUCGUCUGGCGACGGGUCCCGUGGCGCGGACUACGGCGCGGCGAAGGUGUGCCGGUUUGAGGCCGGGUGCCGUCGUUGCCGAAGUUGGGCAGCGGAGGAGGCUGUCUUCGGGGUAUGAAGGGUUGAGUUUCAGUCUGGGUCCUGAGGAUCCCCCCCUCCUAACCCAAACAAUCCCCCAGCACUUUUCCCAAAUCGUCUCUCAACACGGCGACCUCCCCGCCGUCACAGCCCGCAGCCCAACCCCAAACUCAUCAUCCGCCUCCCCGGCCGCAACGACAACAACCCUAACCUACGCCGCCCUCGACGCCCUCUCAAACACCCUAGCCCACGGCCUCCGCUCCCUCGGCGUCCGCAAAGGCGACCGCCUCGCUGUCUCCCUCGGCAACGGCGCCGAGUUCGCCGCGCUCACCUACGCGGCCUUCAAGCUCGGCGCCGUGCUCGUGCCAUUGAACCCGGGUUUCAAUGCGAAGCAGGUUGGCGCCGCGCUGCGACAUCUGGGCGUCGAAGUGCUCGUCAUUGGCAAGGUUACGGAUCUGCCGUAUAAGCCGUGUCGGGGACGGAGCAACCUCGAGCUACUGAGGACGCUGGUGCCGGAUUUGGAUAAGGGCGGAGGAGUGGUGGAGAGCGAGGUUGUUCCGAGUUUGCGAAGGGUCGUGGUGUUGGACAAUGCUGGGUUUCAUCCCGAGGUGGAAUUUGCUGGUGGUUUCAAGGUGCUGACGCCGUAUGAGGUUCUACUCGAGUCUGGGGGUGCGACGAGGGCGGUUGUGCCCGAUGCGCCGCUGAAGCCGGACGACACGAUCAAUAUCCAGUUCACGUCGGGGACGACAUCUCAACCGAAAGCGGCGAUGCUGACGCACACUUCGAUCCUUAAUAACGGACACCUCAUCGCGCAGAGGAUGGGUCUGGUGCCAGGUGACAGGAUCGUCGUGCCGCCGCCGUUGUUCCACUGUUUCGGGUGCGUGUUGGGAUACAUGGCGACCGCGACGACGGGGGCGGGGAUCCUGUUCCCCAGUCCGGCCUUUGACCCGUCUGCCACGCUGAAGAUGGUGGCUGACUACGACGCGACGGGACUAUACGGUGUCUCGACCAUGUUUGUCGCCGUGCUGGAGGCGUUGGCGGGCGGCGGGGUGGUGAAGAAGGAGGAUAUGCCAACGGGUCUGAGAAAGGGCAUCGCGGCGGGGAGUUCGGUGCCGGAGAGUUUGAUGAGAAGAUUGUACGAGGUUCUCGGGCUACGGGACCUGGUGAUUUGCUACGGGAUGACGGAGACGAGUCCCGUGAGCUGUAUGACGGCCCCCGACGACGGAUUCGAUAAGAGGACGGGGAGCGUUGGGAGGGCGAUGCCGCAUACGGCGGUGAAGAUUGUUGAUCCUUCGGACCGGGGACGGGUUGUGAAGCGCGGGGAGAGGGGGGAGCUCGCGGCGGCGGGGUACCUUGUUAUGAAGGGGUAUUGGGGGGACGAGGAGCGGACGGCGGAGGUGAGGAGGGAGGAAGAGGAUGGGCGGGUGUGGAUGUACAGCGGGGACGAGGCGCGGAUGGACGAGGAUGGGUAUGUCGAGAUUACGGGGCGGAUCAAGGAUCUGAUUAUUAGGGGUGGGGAGAAUAUUCACCCCCUCGAGGUUGAGAAUUGUUUGUUCCAGAUGGAAGGGGUUAAGGAGGUUUCUGUGGUGGGCGUGCCGGAUGAGAAGUUGGGGGAAAGCGUUGCUGCGUUUGUAGUUUUGAAGAAGGGCUGGAAAGGGGAGGGUGGCGAUGGUGCUGCGGAAGGGGUGAAUGUCAUUACGAGGGACGAGGCGAGGGCUUGGGUUAGGGAGCACCUGUCGAGUCAUCUUGUGCCCAAGCAUGUCUUCUGGGUGGAUGAUUAUCCCAAGACGCCGAGUGGAAAGAUUCAAAAGUUCAAGCUGCGGGAUAUGGCAAAGGAUCUGCUCGAAGGGAAGAAGUAG